GUCAAGUUAAAAAUAUUUUAUCCAUUCCGUAGUCGUACGAAUUUUAUCUGCUAAAGUGGAGCGGAGAGAGCAAAAAGAACAGAUUCCUUAAGUUUUGAAGAGAAAUAUAAUUCAUAAUACAAUAAAAAAUGCCAGUGCCUGGUGGAAUGUACCAAAAUCAGGGCCCUUCCUGUUUCGACAAAAUGAAAAUGGGAUUCAUGAUAGGAUUUUGCGUUGGCAUGGCGAGCGGAGGUCUUUUCGGCGGUUUCACUGCUCUGAGAUAUGGAGCUAGAGGCCGUGAGCUAGUACAUUCGGUUGGAAAAGUAAUGCUUCAAGGUGGUGGAACAUUUGGUACAUUUAUGGCUAUUGGAACAGGCAUUCGUUGUUAAUUUAGUAUCUAUUUAAUAUCUAUUUUGUAUAUAUUUAAAUAUUAUUAUGUAGUCUCUAAUAAAAAUUAAAUAAGUCAUUCAAAUUUU